AUAUUGGAUCAGUUGGAGCUUAACAGCGUUGCCGAGCGGUUCGUUGCUGCGAAUGUGCGGUUGCGCGUUGACGACAAAUACAAAAGUAAUUUUUUGUUGUUGCUGGUUUAAUUUGUUAGUACACGGAGCCAAGAACCCACAAAAUUUCGGGAAAAGUGACUAAUUGUUGCUAAUAUAUUUAUAGCGACGAGCAACAAGUGGUUUUGUUACUACAACUUUGGUGCUGUGCGAAUUUUAUUUUUUUCGUUUUUUCAUAUUUGGAUAUAAUAUUGUGUGGUUGUGCAACUUGCGUGCGCGUUAAAUAGUUUUUGUUGUUUUUACCGUAAUCACAAAAUUUAAUUCUUACCGUUAAGAUGUUCAAUUACUUUGCAUAUUGAGACAAAGUUUUUGUUGUAUACACGUGUUGUUGCUGUGUUAGUGCACUCAAUCGUAAACGCAUGCGUAACAUUUUGGCUCGAAGCGUACAAACAUUUGGCACAACCAUAAACCACAAGCUUACCUCUGUGCCAGCAACAACAAGAACAACAACAGCACUUCUACGCCUGCUAGCCGUUCGGUGAUAUUGCAAGCGAUUGUGUUUCCAACUGUUCAUGGACUGUCAGCAUUACAUGCAAACGUAUUAUGUUUUAUGACUGUGUUUGUUGAAUUUUGAAAGAUUUUUAUACGUAGCAGAAGAUAAAAAACUACAAAUAAAAAAAAAGUAAAAAAACCAAAACAAGUUUAAAGAUUCUGCUUUGAAGAUCUUAGCCUUUUCCUGUUGUUCAUUACACAAAAAUGAGUGAUUACAGUAAUACCUGUAUUCAGUUAUAGGUGUGAUAACACUAUUGUGUUCUAACAGUAUUGUUGUUUAUUAAAAGUCAAAGUUGUCAGUGAAUUUGUGAAUCCAGAAAUAUCGAUUAUCUCAUUCGCUUCAAGUUCAGCGGUCAUCAAAGUUAACUUAGUCUCUUUUUGACCUCGAGUACCAUAAAAUUCAACGCUGGCGGCAUUUCUCGUAAUAUUUACGACGAGACUUUUAAUGCGGGAAUCUAAAAACAGCAUACCAAUUGUAUGAUGAUAUAUGAUUCCUAAUUAGCCGCGAAAAUGAGUCGCCUACAAGUAAUUGUGCAUCCUGUGAAAAAGGAGUUACGUCGGGACAAAUGCGGCUUUGAUCACUCACCAGCAGAUGACUUCGUGAAAUCACAAUGGCAGAGUCGCACCAAAAGCAUUGUGUAUUUAAUUUACCGUUGGCUUAUUGCGUUGUUCUUCACCGCCGUCGUCAUAGAUUCGAUGCUCGAAAAAGAGGAAGGUUCGUCGACAAACUUUUGGCUGUAUUUUAUUUACCUGACCAACUGGGGUGUCAUGCUUUGCAUGUUUACGAAUCUAUUGGGCGCCAUUUUGGUCACCACAUGGCAUUUCCAUCCAGAGUAUGCAGAUAAACUGUUAAAUAUGGAGUCGCUGACUAGUCCAUUCGUCAUUUACUGGGGCAUGCAUAUUAUAUCUCUAGUCCUUUCAAUAGUGAUAACCAUAAUAUAUUGGAGUGUACUUUAUAAUGCUGCUGAGAGCUCAUUAAACGCCACGAACGUGCUGACACAUGCCUGCAAUUCCAUUUUCAUGUUCAUCGAUUUGCUGAUUGUGGCGCACCCGUUGCGGCUACUGCAUAUGUUUCUACCAGCGUUAUUUGGUUUCAUAUUUGCGAUAUUCUCCGUUAUAUACCAGAUAUGUGGCGGCAAAAACAGAAGAGGCAAACCGUAUAUUUAUCACGUGAUUGAUUGGCGUGAACCGUUAAAUGCCACGCUUGUGGUUCUUGGCGUGCUCCUGCUCACCUGCUGUAUCUACAUGAUACUCUUCACUAUCUACAAGCUGCGCACUCUGCUCUAUAGACGCAUAAAUAAUGCCUCAUACUACUUCCCAACAACAACGCCUCAAACUGGCGGCCCCGAGAAGUUGGCCAAUGGCACUUUGCCGAAAACGGUUAAAGGCACGGGCAUUCAGCAUUCACCUUCCGGUAUUUCUAUGGUGUUGGGUAACUUCAACACGCCCACUGGCUAUUAUAACGAAGCGUGCACGAGUAGUACCGAAAAGUUGGAGCGGUAUUAGAUGACUAUUGAGGGGAGCUUACAGGGAAACAAUGUGUAGUUCAAAUUAUAAUUAUAGGGUUAAUGAAUAUUAUUUGUAUAUAGUUUGCAUACGUGUUUAAAGUGUAUUGAUUAACACCUCAUUUUUGGUGACUAAUGUACAAAAUAAGUUCAAAAACAUUUAUUUUUUCAGUAAAUAGUGUUAAUAUUGUAGCGUAUUCUUAGAAUAUUGUUCUAGUGCAUUUUUAAAAUAAAACGUAGUAUUAGUUAAGAAGUCUCGAACUGGUUGUGCGUUUACCUUUUAAUAAAAAAGAUGAAAUAAAUACAAUAUGUAAACACAAAUAUUUCCAAUUUAUAUAAUUUUUGGAUUUUUACCUUAAAUAGUUUGUAUUAUAUAUUAUAUGUUAUUAAUUGAAUAGUUAUGCAUAGUUUAGUUUUGGUAUAUGUUGUAAAAUCCGAAGUGAAAUCACAGCUGAUAACAUAAUGAACGAACAGCCGCAGAAUAUUCAUUAUGCUUCAGUAGUACGGACCGUUGAUCAACAGAAAAAGUGGUAGACAAUGUUCAUGCUCCAAAAUAUCUCUCACUACUGUUAUAUCUAUUAUUUGACCACUAUCAAGCAAAUAUGCUUCUCUCUAGUAAUAUAAAGAAAA